CUGUGGUAUACGGAUUCACUCUAGAGAAACUAGUCCUACACGUUGUGUGGCCAUAUUGGUUUAUUGUUCGGUAAGAGACUGGACACGAUUUUGCCACGUCAUCGGCGUCCACACGUUAUCAGAUUCGUUGCAGAUUUUUUUUUUCCACUCUGGAGAGCGGAUUUAAAAAUAUUCGGAUUCGCUGCCAAAGUCGCCGGGUGCGUGUGGACGGAAGCCGUAUCCGGAAAGAAAAAGUUGCGGAUUCAAAAAUAUCCGCAAACGUGUGGACGGGGCCUUAAACUGAUUUCCUUUUUGUGAGUAAAUAACUGAACAGAAUAACACAUAGAACAUAGGAGGGUUUAUAAAAACGUUUUAUGACAGGAUAUGAAAACUAAGCCAAAUUUUGGUGGAUUCAUGCUAUGGGAUGCCGCCUGGGAUCAACAAAAUGUCAUCGAAGGCAAGGUAUAUAGUGACCACAUCGCAGACAUUAUGAGCAGGAGUGGGGGGGCCUCAGGGCCAACCACAGCUCCAGGCACCGGAGCUGCCUCCACAGCGGGUGGUUCAACACCAAGUGGGUCGACUCCAAGUGGAUCGACACCAGGGGGCUCAACGCCUACUCCACCCAGUCCUGGAGGAGGAAUUAAACGGCUGAUUGUAUACACGCACGCAAGGACUGACACCAUUUGCCAGCGAAACAAACAAAAACGUUUAUACUCUCUUGAGAAUUUUACAUGUUCAGAAAUUAGUGUUUGCAGUCAAACAAGGGUUGACAGCUCCCAUAAAAUCUUAAGUUUUUUACUGAAUUUUCUCUGGUCUUUACCGAGUUUGUCAAUUUCCAUCACAGAUCCGAUGCCCGAGGUGAAUUUUUCUCGCCAUCGCUGGGAUCAUGCCUCAUCCGCGCACCCAAACCCUUACAAGUGUCAAAAAAUCGAAGAAGGCAGUUUGGCUUGCCAGAAAGCAGGAAAGAAAGUUCUCAUCUCGCUUGGAGGAGGCACAGGAAAAAACGACCUUAAGGACGAUCAAGCCAAAGUUCUUGCUAAAAAUCUGCGGGAUUUGUUUCUUGGAGGAGAGGGAAGACCUGGUAUGCGACCAUUUGGAAAGUUUGGCAAGCAUCUUCUUGUCGCUUACUGGGGUCAGAACAGUUCAGGAAGGAAAUUUCCCCAGAAUCCCGAGAAAGAUCUCAAGGAAGUCUGUGCAAAGAGAAAAUACGACAUUAUAGUGAUUGGAUUUGUGGUGACUUUUUUUGACAAGGACAAUAAAGAUCAGAUGCCCGGAGUGAAUUUUUCUCUCCAUUGCUGGGAUCCUGUCUCACCCGCGCACCCAAACCUUUACAAGUGUCCAAAAAUCGAAGAAGGCAUUUUGGCUUGCCAAAAAGCAGGAAAGAAAGUUCUUAUCUCGCUUGGAGGAGCCACUGGAAACAACGACCUUAAGGACGAUCAAGCCAAAGUUCUUGCUAAAAAUCUGUGGGAUUUGUUUCUUGGAGGAGAGGGAAGACCUGACAUUCGACCAUUUGGAAGUGCAAUCCUUGACGGCGUCGACUUGGACAUUGAAGACCACAAAUCAGGUGGCUACGCUCAGCUUGUCAAAAGUCUNCGAGAGCUGGAAAAAACAGCAGGAGCCAAAACGUACCUCAUUACAGGGGCUCCUCAGUGUCCGUUCCCUGAUGCCUCUCCGGGCCCCAAACCGGGCACUGCCUUGGGUGACCAGGGCGGCGAGUUUGAUCAAGAAGGCUUUGCAAUUGUCCUCAAGAACAGGAAAAGAUCUGUGGAAGGAGGGCCCAAGAUAUUCGUUGGUAUGCCGUCAGCUCCCGAUGGCGCCAAUGAACCCGAGCACUACAGGAAACCCGAGGAAGCGGCGAAGAUUUAUGAAGAUCUGAAAGCCAAGCCAAAUUUCGGUGGAUUUAUGUUAUGGGAUGCCGCCUGGGAUCAACAAAAUGUCAUCGAAGGCAAGGUGUACAGUGACCACAUCGCAGACAUUAUGAGCCGGAGUGGGGGGCCAAGCACAACUCUAGGCACCGGAACUGCCUCCACACCGGGUGGUUUAACACCAGUUGGACCGACCCCAAGUGGGUCGACUCCAAGUGGAUCGACACCAGGGGGCUCAACGCCUACUCCACCCAGUCCUGGAGGAGGUGGAGGUGCUGAUUUCUGCAAAGGAAAAGAGGAUGGAGAUUGCGCAGAUCCUGAUAACCCAUCAGGAUACAUACCUGUUCUGGAGGGAUAGCUUCCAAAAGACCUU